AUGUAAUCUUAUGACAAAGCAUUAUUUAAUGUACAAGUGAUACGGAAACACUUCUUCAAGGACAAAGUGUACCAAUUAUAUUUAUUUGCUGAUGAAUUGGUUAUGACUGAUGAUCUGACUAAAACUCCAAAAUACAAUUUAAAAACGAAUUUAACAACUACGAUAAAGUGGAUAUGUGAGAAUAAGAGGAUAGUGGCUUUUGAAUUUUCAUAUAACGGCAGAUUGAAAGAGGUCUAUGGACAAAAGUUGAAUCUACUCAAAGAGAUGCUUGCUGGGAAAGUAUUUUUCAGUCCAGUGUCCACCUUCUACUAAUUCCAUAUGGAAAUAGGCAGCGGAAUGACUGGAUCAGUAUAUCGGUGUAUAUCCACAGAAAACAGCGAGGAGUAUUUCGCAAUCAAGAAAGUAGACAAGAUGAAAAUAACCCAAAAUGAUGGAGCAAUUCCUCAACUAAUACAUGAGCUCAGUCUAUUGAACUAAUUAUAGCAUCCUAGCAUUGUUAAAUUGAAGGAAACCUAUGUGGAUCAACAAAACUAUUAUAUCGUGAUGGAAUACAUAAACGGGAAGACUUUGUAUACAGAAUUGUAGAGUAGAAAUUACGGACUCUCGGUUAAUGAAUCGAUAAAGAUCAUGAAAGAAUUAUUGGAGGCAAUUAUAUACAUUCACAAUAAGGGUAUAAUGCACAGAGAUAUCAACCCUUUGAAUAUAAUGAAAGCCGAAACUGUAAAGCUGAUUGACUUUGGCUUGGCCAGAAAGGUUAGAAAUUAGUUAAUAUUUCCCUCUUCAGGAACCCCUGGAUAUAUGGCUCCAGAGAUCAUUAACUUCAAUAAGGACAAACCCUACGAUGAGAAAGCAGACAUCUAUAGCCUUGGAUGUGUUCUGUUUAAAUUGUUGACUGGGGAGAAUCUAUUUACUACAAAAUAGAGCAAAUAGACUAUAUACUAAUCAAACAAGCAAGGAGUUUUUGAAUUAAAAAAGUAAUUGCAACAUCCAGAAUGCAAUUCAAAUAAAAUGGAUUAAUUGUUCAUUCUUCUUCCAUAUAUGCUGGAAUCUAAUCCACAGUCGAGACUAAACGCAAAGGUUUGUCUAACCAUUCUAGAGGAAAUCGAAACCAACAAUCUCCAGGUUGAAAGACUAAUUAAAAAGAUCUUAAUUAGAAAAUAAUUGGCUUUCAAUACAUCUGAGGACUAUUAACAAGAUAAAAAGAGUGAUGAGAAAUCUUAAAAAGGUAAGUUUCGAUAAUCUAUUGAUGCAUUAUCAAAAAGGAGUUUGGAUGAAAUUUCAGUGUUUACAAAAAAUGUUAUGUUACAAAAUUAAUAACGAGUUAUACUUCCUUAGAAAAAAUAACCUUGA